UGAUUGAAUCGAUUGAUUGAUCAGGUGAAGAAUUUCUUGAGGAGCCGCUAUACAGUGGGCGUCAGACCCACUCCUCUCAUGUCUAUCUGCCUUUCUUUGAGGCUAAUAAACAGACCACUAUGGACGAGCAAAUGCUAGGCGACCAGUCCUACAGAUACCUGACCGCCGACGAGAUGAAGUCUUUAGGCGACGACUCAUUGCCUUUCGACGUGACUAAAGACGAGCGAAUGGAGAGCCGCGACCUCCUCGCGCCCAUAACCGUGGACGAGGAGCUCUUCUCACCGCAUCACAUGCUGAUGACCGAGUCGUACGUCAACGCCUUGGCGCCCGACAACAUCGAUAUAUCCCGGGCGCCCAUCACCGCCGGCUUUUUGGUCAGCUUUAUGGUGGACGCCAGGGGUGGGGCGAUGAGAGGGUGCCGGCACUCCGGGGUUCGCGUGAUUAUACCGCCGCGAAAGGCGCCGAUGCCUAUGAGGAUCACCUGUCGGUAUCUGAGGAAAGAGAAACUCAUUCAUCCGCCGCCACUCAUGGAGGGCGAGGCCUGCGCUUCCCGUUUGCUCGAAGUGGGACCGGCAGGCGCUAAGUUCUUGGGACCUGUUAUUAUCGAAGUGCCGCACUUUGCAUCCCUGCGCGGAAAGGAACGGGAGAUCAUAAUCUUGAGGAGCGAUAACGGAGAGCACUGGAAGGAACACACUCUCGAGGCGUCCGAAGAAGCCGUUCAGGAAGUGCUGAACGAGAGCUUUGAAGGAGAGAAUGAUGUGAAUACGUUGGACGACUUCAGCAGUAACCGCAUCACCAGAAUCCUGACGACCGACUUUCCCCAAUACUUUGCGGUCAUCACUCGUAUCCGUCAAGAGGUGCACGCGAUCGGACCCGACGGUGGAAUGGUGUCGUCGACGGUCGUACCCCAAGUGCAGGCCAUCUUCCCGGAGGGGGCGCUCACGAAGAAGAUAAGAGUGGGACUACAGGUAGGAAACAGUAUUGAAGUGAUCGACGAUGCGAUGAAUGAUAAAAAGCGGGGACUUUUCUAUGAGAUCGGAGAGGGGAUCCGCAAGAGGUUCAGUAGAAAACCUCGACCCAAGCCAUUGAGUAGCGAAACAGUGCCUCAAAAGCACCCGAAAUGCGAUCAAAUCAAACGCAAAGACAGAGGCACUCAAACAGAGCGCCCGAAAAAGUCUAAAAAGAAAAGCAAAUUAAAGUCUAAUAACGAGUUAAUAGAGCCGAAAGAGUUUCGGUUUCGUCCGCCCAAUAACGGCGGCUGCUUUACCAGUCUUCUAGCCCAACCGAUACCGUCAGACCUGGUGACCAAAAUGUUGGGCAAUAGGGUGGCCGUGUCGCCCAUCUGCACGAUAGAGCCCCGGCGCCGCAAAUUCCAUAAACCAAUAACACUGACAAUACCGGUGCCCCAGGCGGCCACCCGCGGGAUGAUCAACCAGUACACCGGCGACGCGCCCACACUCCGCCUCUUAUGCAGUAUAACAGGUAGUACGAAAUUCUUAGUGUCCGUACUCUACAACUACUACUCAUCUGAGACCUAG